AUGCUCUCGAUAAAAAAAAUAAAAAGCUUAAUACGAUCGUAUGAUAAUUUUGGAGUUUCCUUAAAUUUCAAUAUCAGAAAUAAUAAACAAUAUUAGAGUUUAUUUGGUGGUCUGAUAUCUCUUUUAAUGACUGCUUUGUUAUUAUAUAUUUUUAUUACUGGAUUAAUAAGCCUAAUAUUAAGGGAUAAAUUCUAAGUAAUGCUUUUUCAAAAUUUAGAUUGAUGUUUAGUAAUUAUAAAGUAUGAAUCCUGAUUAUUAAGAGAUGAAUAUUACAAAUUUUAUGUUUGCCAUAAAAUUGGAUAAUCCAUUUUCUCUUUAUUUUCCUAACGAAAACAAAACAGCUUUUAAAAUUGUGAUGAAUUAAAUGUAAUUAUCUGCAUAAGCUAAUGGAUCACGAACAAGAAUUAUUUUGAAUCAAACUAACUUCGAAUAAUGCACAGUUGAUCAUUUUAAACAAGUUAAUUAUGAAGGUUUUUAAGAAAUUAAAGCUGAUAUAAAGUCAUAUUUAUGUCUUCCUUAAAAUUUUAGUUUUAAAUUACAAGGAACAUUUAAUUCUGAGUAUUUUUUGUAUCCAGCUUUAAAAGUCUCAAUCUGUUAUACUGAGGAUUGUUAUACAAAAGAAUAAAUUGAAUAUCUUGCUUAAAAUAAAUCUAUUAUGGUAUCAUUAUCAACAUUAAUUUAAUCUUCUAUUUACAUGAGAAAUAGUCAAGAUAACUAAUUACUUCGAUAUCUUAAUUCAGAUUUUUAUUUAUAAACAACACUAAAGGAAGAAAGUAAAGCUGAUAUAUUUUUUAAAAAUAACAAAAUUAUUGCUGAUAACAGUAUUUUAAGUUUUUAUUAAGAAUAUGAAAGGAAAGAUUUUUGGUCUUUCUCUUUAUAUAAUUAUAGGGAAUUUAGAGUAUAAAAUUAAUAUAAAUUAGGGAUAUCAUGAUUCUCCAGGUGUAAUUUUUUCGGUGAAUUUCAGAAUAAGUUAGGAUUACGAAAUAACUUAAAAAAAUGUAGAUACACUUAAUUCUUUUUUGUCAUAUUUUGGAGGGAUGUUAAAAAUAAUAUCUACAUUCUUUGGCCUUUUAGCACUGUAAUAUAAUGAAAUUGGAUUAAAAUUAUCAUUAGCAAAUUAUUUAUAUUAAUUUAAUAUUCCAAAGAAAAAAAAUGGAAAAUAUGAAUUUUCAUAUGAUAAAUUAUUAGGUAUUAUUUAAGCAUAAAUAAACAGAGUGACUGAUUUAUAAUAGAAAUUAAAAAAUAAUACUAAAACCAUAGUAAGAACAAGUAUGGUAAUGAGGAUAUGGAAUAGCUAAAAAUUCUCAAAUUAGACACCAACAAAUUUAUAAAUGUAGUAAAAAGAAUAAACAGAUACUUAAAUUGAUCCAUUAUAGUUUAAAAAUUAUGUGGAAUAAUUGUAUGAUUAUAAAGGAAAUUUUCUUUAAAGAUUAGUAACAACUUUAAAUUCUACAAGACAUGAUCUAAGAUUAGGAAUGAAUUUUUUAAUAUAUGAAAUUUUGUGGUGUACUUGUUGUGAAAAAGUGGAGAUUACUAAAAAGAUGUUGGAAUAAAGUAAAAUGGUUAUUGAUAGAGAUCUUGAUAUUAUACAUUUAUUGUAAAAAAUAUAAGAAAUAGAUAAAUUAAAAUCAAUAAUUUUAGAAAAAGAUUAGAUAAAGGUUUUUAAUUACACACCAAAACCUAUUAUUAAUAUUAAUCCUACCUAUUAAUAUCAAGCUGAAGAAAAUGGGAAAUGUAUUGAUUUAUUUUAAUAAAUUAAUUCUUAGAAAAAAAAAUGCAAAAUAAGAAGAAAAACAAAUUCGAUUAAUAAACCUAAAAAACUAAUAAAAAUUUAUGAAUCAUAUAGUAAAUUAAAAUAACAUCAUAAAGAUAAAAAAAAUGAAAGAAUAAUAUAACUUUUGGGUCCAACUAUUGAAAUGAUAUUUUAAAAAUACUAUGAAAUUUAAAAUAUGGCAAAAGUAAUGCAACUCAAUAACUUUGAAGGUGUUCCAAAUGAUGAUCCAUAAAGGGAAUAUUAAAAUGAUGUAGUUUUGCCAAUCUCCUCUUUAAAUCAAACUUAAAGAAUUAAUGCUCCCCAUCAAGAAUUACAUGCAUUAAAAUUCCAAUAAAUUACUCCAAAAACUUUGGUAGAUAAAGAUUAUGAAUCUUUCUAAAUGGAUUGA